GGCGUACAGCAGCCAGGCCGAGCCCAGCUGUUCUUCGAUCCCCUAACCUACGCCAGUUUAUUUCAGCUACCAACAACACUACGUGGUCCCAAACGCUCUCUGCAACCGUCUCUUUUAUUCUUCCGGUUUUAUUGACCUUCGAAAAUGUGCGAGUAACAAAACGAAGACAGUGGCACCUUACUCCCGGUGAUCGGUUCUUUUUUUCGGAUCUCGUUAUCUGAACCUUUGAACCGUGGACCCUUCGACUUGUUCGAGCGAGGAAAUAACGAAUCGAUAUUACGCGUUAAGUGGUGACGUUUGUUUCUCAGGGGCUUUUUUAAUGGGGAGCUAGAAUAUUCCACGGGAAUCGUGUUAUCGGGAUAAGGUCUCAAAAAGGGGACGAAUCCGUUUGAAGUCGAGUGACUUUUGGAAUGUGAUCGGAAAAGUGAGAAAGUUAAGGAUAAUUUAGAAAAGUGACUGAAAAUUUGUGAAUUGACACCAUCGACGAAGUAUUAACGACGCGUAGAAUCGUGAAGACUGCGAACCGUGUAAGUGUCAAUUAUAAAAAGUCUGCCAAUUACCGAGUGCUUGAAGCUUGGAAGUAGACGCACGCGGGUAGACGCACGCCCGGUUCCGCGAAGCGUAUCGCGAAAUCGUGGCUCGUUCCGAACGUGUCCGUCUUCGAGACGCCAUCGAGAAAUAGUUCCUUCGCAUUCCAGAAAUUCUCGAAAGGUCAGCGUACCAAUUAAGCGUCUCACGCAACAAGUACCGCGUGCUUCCGAAGACAAGUAGUAGAAAAAUCAGUUCGUAAGACUGUUAUCGAGGCGGUGAUGGGUCGCUGAAAUGCCAGAGGGACAUUUUGAAAAUCUUUGCUGCGACGCAUGCGUCCCGACGCACUCGACGCCCGAUGGAGCGCGAUGGAGCUGCCCCUCGGUGGAUGAAGAAAGGGUCGAAACCCUGAGAAGAGGCUUUUUGACGGCGUGCGUCGCGGGAGUAGCGUGACGCCGUGACCGGCCGAUUUCAUCGAUUUGUUUCAACGAUUUUAACCGGUUAAAACAUGCCGGGUGAGAAACGGACCUCCGGAAGAAGAGACGUCUCGCCGAUGAAGAGCGAAGAGAGGAGUCGAGCCGGCUCGAUGAUACCUCUUCCGAGAACGCUCGUCUCGCAGAACCCGAAGAGCGUGAAAACGGAGAAGAAUCGUAUGAGGCUGAUCUUGGAGAGCAGAGCACACGUCGACGGAGCGGAGAAGGAACGCAGGAUCAACGAGGAGACCUUCCAGGAUCUGCGGCUGUCCGAGCCCACGAGAUACUGCGACUACAACGUGUAUCGAUGUCCUGUGCGAAAGGAGGACGCGGAAGAGUGCCAGAAAAGAGCAGAAAGAUUCUCGGACGAGUGUCGCGUGUCUCGCGGAUCGGUGAUAGGCGUCAGCGUGGAAGGUGCCGGCUCGUGGAGGGCCCAGAGGCGCCCUCACGACAUCGAGCUACCUACGCCCCUGAGCAGCGUCGCGGCGCACGAGCUGGAGUCGUCGGUGGACGGCGCAGCGUUCAACCCCGUCGUCGCAACGGCGACGACGUCCGCGAGAUGCCCGCUGCUGAAAACACCGUCGUCCUCUUCAAAUUCUUUGCCUGUCAAUGCGAACUUCAGGCCAACCUUGUACCUCGGCACCGUGAUCGCUGAGACCAGCAAAGAGGAUGCUAUGGAGCCGGAAGUCAAGGAGGAGGACGAACGAAGGUCGUCCACGCCGAGUCCCGAGAUUUAUUCACGAAGAAAUAAACGCUAUAAUGAGGGUGGAAGUAGCGAGGAAGACAACAAACCAGACACAUCCCUGCAGGGUCACAGAUUACCGUCCUCUUAUCGGGGAACUUGGCCCAUCAGAAGAGACGUAUGGGCCAAUCAACAAAUGGGCUUUUCCCCUCAACAAAGCACGUCAACUACUGUACAUAAUGACGUAGCCAGUGUCAUGAGCUUCUCCUCGAACUCUGGCACGGCUCUGGGUUGCUCUACAGAGAUGCAGGGCGACCGAAGAUUAGGAGCGAAGGUAGACGUAGUGUACAACCUGUUAGGAAUGCUAGGAAGCACGGAAGGCAGGGAAGACAUGAGCGCCACUCUACUAUCAAUGAGCAACUCGAUAGACAACUGCCUCAUAAUGAGACAAUCAGGGUGUCUACCUCUGUUGGUCCAACUGAUCCACGCACCGGGCCAGGAUCCCGAGACGAGAGAGAAGGCGUCGCGAGCUCUGCAUAAUAUCGUCCACGCCAAGAGCGACGAGAGGGCUGGACGUCGGGAAGCGAGGGUUCUGCGGUUUCUCGAACAGUUGAGGGACUAUUGUCAGGCGUUGAGAACGUCGUUGGAAACAGGACAGGUUCCUGACGAUUUGGAAAGGCAUCCCGGACCGACGAUAGCCGCGUUGAUGAAGCUGUCCUUCGACGAAGCACACCGUCACGCCAUGUGUCAGCUCGGUGGACUGCACGCGGUUGCAGAGCUCAUUGAGAUGGACCACAUGGCCCACGGCAGCGAAUGCGACGACCAGAACUGCAUCACUCUACGCAGGUACGCCGGGAUGGCGUUGACGAAUCUCACGUUCGGCGACGGGAACAAUAAAGCGUUGCUCUGCUCCUUCCGGGAGUUCAUGAAGGCGUUGGUCUCGCAGCUGAGGAGUCCCAGCGACGACCUCAGACAGGUCACAGCGAGCGUUCUGAGGAACUUGUCGUGGAGAGCAGAUAGCAGUAGCAAGCAGACGUUGAGGGAGGUUGGAGCAGUGACUGGACUCAUGAAGGCAGCAAUGGAGGGCAGGAAGGAAUCUACGCUGAAGUCGAUACUCUCUGCGCUCUGGAAUCUGUCGGCACAUUGCAGCACAAACAAGGUAGACAUCUGUGCCGUGGACGGCGCGCUGGCAUUCCUUGUCGACAUGCUGAGCUACAAGGCGCCGUCCAAAACUCUGGCCAUCGUCGAAAAUGCUGGAGGAAUACUGAGGAACGUUUCUAGCCACAUCGCAGUCAGGGAGGACUACCGAUCCAUCGUGAGAGAGAGAGGAUGUCUGCAAGUUCUGCUGCAACAGUUACGUUCACCUAGUUUGACCGUCGUCAGCAACGCUUGCGGAGCACUGUGGAACCUCUCCGCCCGAUGUCCGCAAGAUCAGCGAUUACUAUGGGACCUGGGUGCAGUCCCCAUGCUGCGUAGUCUGAUCCACUCUAAGCACAAAAUGAUCUCCAUGGGCUCAAGCGCAGCCUUGAAGAAUCUACUAAGCGCAAGACCAGGCUGUAACAAUCUGGUCCAUCUGGACUCAACGGCACGAGGACUGGGCCUUCCAACCUUGCCCACUUUAGUCGCUCGCAGACAGAGAGCUCUGGAACAAGAGAUAGACCAAAACUUGGCCGAAACUUGUGACAAUAUUGAACCUAGCACGUCCCCGACGAACAAGGACGACAAGUUCUCGCUCAAAGUAGAUCACAGCUUCCUGGGGAUCAACGCACGUGCUCUGCGCCCCUACCAGCUACACAACCAGCCCAGUACGUCCAGUAUAAAGUGCAACGGGGUCGCUAGAAGCGAAAGCAGGGACUCUAUGCGCUCCGUGACGAGCACCCAUUCCGACACCAUGUUCGAACGAGUGAAUCGUCACGUCCUGAAUGGAUUAUCUCCCACAGAGAUUCAGAUCAAACAACAGUCCUCGUCGUUGCACGCUGCGGUUGGUUUUGAAAGUGGGAUGUCCAGCGAGGGACACUCCAAAGUCUCCUCCGAGAAGAAGUACACUUUACGUUACAAGAACGCUAUUCCGGAUCGUCUGAAAUCGUCAGACGGUUUCAAUGGCCUAGGUGACCUCAGAUGCACAAACUCCACCAUUUCGUGGUCCUCGGCACCGGACCAGGAAUCCGCCUGUUCACAGAAUCUGUUGCACUCGUCCGUGGAGGACAAUUUGCCUCAGAGCAUCUCGUUGAAGGCUGGCAGCCAGUCCAGCAUCCCUGAUGAAACUGAACUGAAUGUCUGCACGAAGUCAGAAUAUUCGACCGCUAAAAUGACCAUGGACAGCUCGUCCACGUUGUCCUUUGUUGGUAGCAGCUCUUCCGUGAAAGACGGAUUCGGGAACGUGUACGAGAAGACACUUCAUCAACACAACUCGCUGAAUACCAUACAAAAAGCAAUAUCUCCGACCGUCAGUCAUCGGACGGAAGGGACGCUGUUCACCGAUUAUGCUGUUACUGAUUUAGAUCAGCCGACCGAUUACAGCUUGCGUUAUGCCGAGCGUAGCUUGGAAGAUGAAGAGAAACAACAUUCGCAUUACUUUAGGAAUACUGAGCAAGAGCUGAUUCACGAGGACACGCUGAAGACCUAUUACACGGAAGGAACGCCUCAUGGCAUGUCUCUGAACUGUUCUAGAGCAGCCUCUGCUUCGGAUCUGCAGGAUGAUAGGCAGAAGAAGUUGCAGGAGCGGAAUAAAGAUAAGGAAACACUGAAGUUUCAAAACACGGUGAAGAAGGUUGGAAAAGGAAGUCAGGGAAUGCAUUACUUUGAAGCUGCUAAGGAUAGUAAUGUUGAAGUGGAUGAUCACUCACCUACAGUUAAUGCAGUAAGUUUGAAAACUACGCUCUCACAAGUGUCCUCAAGCAAUUUACAAUAUGACGAUGAUAAAUACAAGGCAUCUAAUUCAACGACAACUAAAUCAGUUGCAGAAGAAAAAUAUGAAACUAAAAAUGUUAUAUUUGAAAAGAAUGAAAAGUGCGAUCAAAAUUACCCUGCAAAUGGAGUUAAUUCGUAUGUGACCAGUACACUGAAGGCUUCUAAUGAUUCAGGAUAUCAAGUCAGUGAUGGGGAUGAGGACGAUGAAGAUCUGCUUACAGCUUGUAUUAAUAUUGGAAUGCAGAAUAAUAGGCACAGGCAUUCAUUCAUAGGAAACAAUUUUGAAAAGGUUCCACGAAAUGAAAGUACUUUAACCAGAUAUCAAACCAGCAUUGCACUGGAUCAAAUGGAGUGCAACUCGUCGGUCGAUUCUACCAUGAACAGUCUUGAUAUGAAACAAGAAUCUGAAGAAACAACAGACGAUGUUAGUAAAAAUAAAAUGAUGGAAAAUUCGCCAAAUGUAAAUAUUGGAUCUGAUUACAGUCAAAACACAAGUAAAUUUAUGCAGAAGACCGAGGAAAAUAAAAUCAUGAAGCAAUCAAAUCAAAUUUCCCAGAAUGAGUUAGGCAAAGCGAGUUUAGUAAUGGACGACGAUAAUCUGUGUAACUUCUCAUUGCCCUCGAAUUUGAGGAAUACUCCAGAGCUGCAAGAGACGAUAGUUUUCAAUUCCGAACCUAAUCAACAGCAAUAUUUAUCCAGUAUCGAUAAUCAAUCGAACGAAGAUAUCUCGUCUUUGGUCCACAAUGAUCUCCUUGAGGACACUACUAACUGGGAAAACGAAAAACCAGAAACGUCGAAAGACAAAGUUCCAGAGAAUUUGUCCAUGCAACAAUCUUACACGAAAGUAACAGAUUCUGAGAGCAGCGAAUCCAUUGAUUCCGUAGAACAAUCCGAACAUGCGCUGUUAGAAUUGUGUAUACAGUCUGGACCAACGAAAAUCGAUGACAUUCAAAACAUUUCGUUAAAGUCCAAUACGGAUGAGUUCAGACAACGACGGAUUAACGAUUUAGAUGAGGAUAAAAUGUAUAACGACACAUGUGAAGUAGAUGGUAUUAAGAAAGAAGAGACUAGCACAAAGCAUAAGACGCAGAAAGGUGGAGACGCGACGAAACAUGUUGAGAAAGAAGAGGUGUAUCGUCGUCAACGGGAUCCUGAUGCCAUGAUCGCCUCGCUAGAUCGACUAACAGCUACUUUGGUGCAGCAGACGGAAGCGAUACGUGAACGGGAUUCGAGUGCAAUGAAACAGAGUAUACUAAGUGACACGUGGAACGAAGAUUCGCCUAACGAAAUCUCUUUCCCUAGCAUCAGUAUCAGUGCUCCUAUAAUUGCCUCGUUCAAGAGUGACGUACCAGAAGACCAAGGUACGGAGACAGUUAGUAGCGAAAGUGGACACAUGACGAACUCUAAAAUCAUUCAAAGAGAAGCAAUCAAAUUGGCCGAAGCAGUCGAUGCAGAAAUGAACAGACAAAACGAAUUAGACACGACUAGUAUGACGUCCAUGGACUUGGAAGCAAUUAAGCCUCCUUCCUCCAUGGGAAGCCUGUUGUCUUUGACGGCCAGUUACGCGGGCUCAGGUGACUGCAGCGAGUCGUUCAGUAAUCGAGACAGAUGUAAUUCAACGUCCCUUCCUCCACUUCAGGUGAAGAGCGUGUCGACGACAGACUCUCGAGGCUGUCGCAAGAAGUCUCUCCCCCUUGGCGUUGUGGCCAAGCGGGCACUUAAUCAAACUCAGAGUCACACGGGAAGCUUGGAGAACCUGUUGAACGAAUGCACUGGCUCGCACUUGGAAAGUGUCAAACCACCGUCGAUGAUGGACGAGCUGCCAGACGUUGGUGAUAUGGAGAACAGCAUGCUGAGCGUUGCAAGCAUCACAUCGGAAAUAGCGGAAACUAAAGACCACUACUCGCACAGUCUAACUGGAAGCGAUGCUAUGUUCGAUUUACUGAAACCUGUCGCGAACGUACUUUCUAUAACAUGCAUGCGUUAUGCUGAAGCUAUGCAAAACAGCGCGAACAAUAGUCUGAGCGAAUGCUUGGAAAACAUCAAUCCUCCUUCAUUAUUCAACGAAGUCUGCGAAAUGGACGAAUCAACAAUGGAACAGGCUACUGAAACGAACUGUAGCGACACUUUGUGCAUCGACGCAGAGUUGUACACCGAAGAAGCCCCUCCACAUCCGAUCGUAGAAAGGAUUGACGAAGUAGGCAACGACACCGACGAAGCUGUUACUCCUAUCUCGUCAGAGUACUGCGGUACCAGCUCCGCUGAGUCUACGCCCAGAAAACGGUCGCACAGAAAUUUGACACCGAAACAGAAACGAAAUUUAGCCAAGGAGAGAUACAAGACGUACACUAUAGCUGCGGAAAUGGACAAGAAGGAGAAAGAAGCUGAGAAACGAGAGAAUGCAAACGGAGAAGAGAAGGUCACGCGUGGCAAGUGCUCACCGUUUUCUAAAUUGACGCCCAAACAACGUAGACAGGAAGACAGAGCCAGGUUUCAGACGCAGGUACUGGAAAAUCCUUUUCCUGACUUGAACCAGGAUCAGAACGUGCAACGGGAAGUUGAUAACGCUUCUAAUCAGGAGACUGCAGAGAAGCCUGAAACGUCUCCUGUUAAGUCCUCGAUUCCCAUGCUGUCCAAAGUCCCUGGCUGUAAAACGAUGAUAAAGAACCGCAUAGAGCAAAAGAAGAACAGGGAAAGAUAUCGCACGAGAACUCUGAACGACUCUGAGUGUAUUUUCAAAGAUGCAGAAAACGGUGUCGCUUCAAAUACCUUGGAAGAAAGAGUAACUGAUACAACGCGCAAUAUUCAGUCGGACGAAAUUCAAACCAUGCUAGAACAGAACGCAACUAUUGUAUUAAAUACUCUGAACGAAUCGAAGGCGAUCGAGAACAUAGAAGACACAUUUUUGGACUGCGAGACCUUAAGUUUGGUGUCGAACGAGUCAGAAUCAGAACGCAAUCUGCGAAUGAAGUUCGUUAAUGGUGUUUCCAAAAAACUUAUAGGCACUUGUGCUCAGCAAAUGGAAAAUGUGCACGAACCGGAAGGCGAUCACAGAGAGGCGGAAGCUGGUACACCUAGGUCCACGGAGGACGUGAGAUUUCUGGAUGCGGCAGAGAGCGAAAGCGACGACGAGUCGAACAACACUGAAGAGCCACCUAGAGAGACAAAGAGACCGCGUAUCAUCAAACCUGGAAUGGUGAGAGAUGCCAGCAACGAUUCGAACGCCACAGACAAGUCUGACCCCGAAAGUCCAAAGGCUAUUCGAGGCAGAAGGAAAGCUCUUUAUUCGAACCCGAUAACGCGGAAACCAACGCCACAGUCCUCCCCAUUGAAACAAGUGAAUCCCGUCAGUGGAAUUCCCAUAGGACGCAGCAACACUUCCCCCAUCGUAAGAGCUACGAGGGCUACCACUCUCAGACAAAACAAUAACAAUCCAAACAUCAUAACUAAAGACACUCCAAAAUCAAACACGAAUCCUAAAAUAACUCCCGGUUCAACGGACGCAGAGAAGAGAACGAAGGUUCUAUCGGUAGCCGCAAAGAGAGCGUCGGUGCCGCAGAAGGGAUCGUCACUCACUUUCACAAAGUCUGUAAAGAGACACAGCACACCUCCAACGUGCUCUCCGUCGAACUAUCAAGAAGCUAAAACGGACGUACCUAUCAAACCCCUGGAAAGACAGGGAACCUUUACCAAAGACGAGCCGGAAGUAGAGAACGCGCCCACGGUGGUCUCCACAUCUUCCUCUCCUAUAAAAACGAAGAUCGCGAAGCCGAUCAGAGGUGCUACCUCCAAAGUGCACCCAGCGGUAAGCAAACCUAAAGUGGCGCCCAAAACGCAUCAGGCGCAUCAAUCAAAAGUGACGAAAGGUACUACUUCGGAGAAGAUGCAGUCUAAAGCGUUGCCAUUGCUGGUUGCCCCGAAACGUUUGCCCACAGGUAAAGUAAGCGCCACCUCGAAAAUUCCUGGUUCUCAGAACGUCACGCAGAUGGAGAACGGUAAAAUUUUUCGGAAAGUCAGUCCUCUCGGGCAGAGGUCCAACAGCAAUUCCAGUAUCGUGUCCAAUUCAUCGACAGGUGCGCAAACCAGAAAGUUAGCCAAAGAGGCGACUAGUAAAAUAGCGAGUCUUUGGAAGAAAGUGGAGGAGAGCAAGAGCAAGCAACGCUUCGAGAAACCUGACACCAGGCAGUGGGUGCAGCCUGGCAAUUGCGCCAACGGUGUGGACGGUCCAUCCCCGGUCAGUAAUCCACCAGCCUUUAGAUUGUUUCGCAGCUCGACGUUCGAGGGAGUGCCUCAGGAGAACGACCACCCGGAAUCGACCUUGUACAAGUCGAAGCUGAAGAGACCGUUGGUGAUCGGUGUACAACCGAGCAAAGCGAAGUACAGGAAUUCCUGCGACCUCAGCGGGAUGAACGCGAACGACGCUCCGUGUAAGAUUCCCGUGAAGUCCAGCGAACCCGCCACGUACAAGAAGGAUACCGUAGAAGUAGAGGACGCUUCGGUGAUCUUGCGGAAACCGCAGCACGCUGAGUCUUCCACGGCGGAUGCGGUGGAUCCUACGAAACGUAUAUCGCGCCUUGGUUCCUUCAUAAGAGUAGAUUCUGCAGAGGGCGCUGCACAAACGCACGUUAACGGCGGUAAUGUGCGUACACCCGCAUCCGCUAUUGUGCCACCUUUUAAUUACAAUCCGAAACAAGAUAUACCUUCUUCGCAGGCAACCAAAGUAACGUCAGAGGAAAGCGAAGGAAAAUUCAGGAUGACAGAUUGUCACAGCGACAUUGUCACGGCUUCUACGAGAGUGACAACAGUAUAGGAGGAGCCUGUUAUUAAAUAACAAGUUUUCGUUCAUAGUAUCGCUUCUUUCUUUCAGGCUAGUCAUUGUAUAUUUGCUUCGUUACGCUGCGUUUGAUCGCGUGUAUCGGCACACGCGGUAUUCAUUAAGUAAGUUGAAUGGUAUUCAUUUUACCUGGUCCUUUAAAUGGCACCGAAAAAUGUUAAUCGAUGAUUUUUAGACCCUUCGUACGUGGAAGAAUGGCCGAUCGGGUGUAUUUCUUGGUUGCAUGCGUUGUGAUGCAAGUUUUUAAUAUGUACGGAUAAAGUGUGAAAUAGUCGUCGAAGAUCAAUGAUAUAUCAUUCCUAUUCACUUUUACGUAUUGUAUAUACAUUAUUAUUGAGGAAUUCCAUCAUUACGAGGACAUUUAAAAUCGGUAGUAAGUAGCAGUAAUUAUGCUCGAUUAUUUAUUCAAUUUUGUAUAUAUAUUCAACGUGGAUGAAGAAUGUAGAAAGUUUAGCGAAUACGUAUUACGAAUCACGAUGUAUAUCACAAAAGAAUAAAAAACAAAAGUAUGUCGCUGUACAUCUUCGUAAUUAGGUAAAUUUGCAAGGAAUAAGAUCUGUAUUUUGUUUCAACCAUAACUGAUUUGUAUUCUUUUAACGAAUACAAAGUCUAAUUACUUUUAAAGACUGAUAGAAACACGAUGAUGAAGAUUUGGACAAAACUUGAACAUCUUCAACGCAAAACUGGAUGUUAACGAUAAUUGCGGUAGUGAUGUUUAUAUCAAUGUAGCGGUCUAAGUAACGUUAGACUGGCAUUGCGUGAAGAGACAAAAUUUUGUAAAUCCUUACUUUAAGUUUCUAGUCUAUUUGAAAAUCUACAGUUGAAAUAGCUUCUAUUUUGGUCAUAUGUGUAAUAACAUAAAAUCGAUUUGCAUGUAACAAGCGUCUACUGAUUCGACUGGUUACCCUUUCUAAAAUACAUGUAGGUACGAUUACGAGUGUGUACGGAUCAAUUAUGUAUUUGUAGAUUGGAAAAUCGAAAAUAUUGGCAUUGCAUUUAUCAAUUUUAUUUUGAUACAUUUAUCUUUUCUUUAGUUUCGUUCGAACAAAAAAUUUACUACACAUCUGAAGUGUUAAAAAAAUACAAUAUUUUAAGUUUUCUUCUAUAUCGUGUCAUCUGUCCUUCUACAUGUGUUAGAUCGAUCUAAAGUCUCAUUAGAAGGAGAAUGUUUGACACCAUAUGGAGUAGAUUUUAUUAUGAAUUAUUUAAAUGUAUUUGUUAUAAGUGUUUUACCCUGUUCCAGUUCGAGUUAAUUAGAUUUAACCCUUCCAACUUGGAACCACAUCAGGGUAUCCUUAUAUUUUUUUCUUUAUACAAGGUUUGGUCUGUACACCAGAUUCUUUUUCAAAGUUCUUUUGUAAUCUUUGUCCUUUAUCUAGAUCUUAAGUGCAAUCCAUCUUUGGUUAUAUUGUAUUUUAGAUUUGGUAGGCAUCUUAAUGAUUUGUAUAUUAAUAAUUGCAGUACAAUAAAAUUAAUAGCUACUAUCUA